AUGGCUGUCCUCAAAGUAAAAUUCACCAAAACUAAGAGGGACAAACUGGCUCAGAUCCUAUGGAUCCUCAACUGGGUUUCUGUAGUGAGUGGGAUCAUUCUCUUCAGUCUUGGCCUCUUUCUGAAAAUAGAGAUCAAGAAGCGCAACGAAGUGAUGGCAAAAGGGGACAUUAACUCUGUUCCCAACAUGCUGAUCUCUGUAGGAGUCAUAGCAUGUGUCGUCAACUUUCUGGGGGGCAAAAUCUGCUACGACUGCUCAGAUGCCAACAAGUUCUCCCGAUGGAAGCUAAUUAUGCUCCCAUACAUCAUAUGUACCUUCUGUUUUACUUUCUGCAUCCUGCUGGGUGCUCUCAUGUGCUAUACCAUGAGGAAUGAGCUGGAAGAAUCUCUCUAUCUGGGACUGAGGAAUGCUAUUAAGUUCUAUAAGGACACAGACAUACCUGGAAGAUGUUUCUUAAAAAAAACAGUGGAUAUGUUACAAAUUGGAUUUCAGUGCUGUGGAAACAAUGGCUUUAGAGACUGGUUUGAAGUUCAGUGGGUAUCUGCUCGUUACCUGAACAUGGCUUCUAAGGAAGUUAUGGACCGUUUCAAGAGUAAUGUUGAUGGGAAGUUCUUAGUGGAUGGAGUACCCUUCAGCUGUUGCAACCCAAGUUCCCCACGGCCCUGCAUCCAGUACCAGCUGACAAACAACAGUGCCCACUACAAUUAUGAUUUCCUGACAGAAGAGCUCAAUAUCUGGAUGAAGGGGUGCAGAGAGGCCUUGCUGGACUACUACACAGCUAUAAUGAGAUCUAUUGGUAUUGCAGCAUUGCUUAUCUGGUUGUUUGAGCUCUCUGUACUUAUUGGUGUCCGGUACCUACAAACAGCAAUGAAGAACGUUCUGCUGCAAGGAGAUCUGCAGAGUGAAUCAGAUGGUUGGUUACUAGAAAACAGUUUUAUGGAAACUGCCAAAUACAACAUCAAUAUUAUCAAGAACCUUGGCAAAGCCAACCAGAUCUCCACUGUCUCAAGCAUGAAUGACCCCAACAUUAACGUUCAAAACACAAACUGUGGCAAAAGCAACGCUACAGCAAAAUCUAUCCCUGCAGCUACCUAGACAUGUCUUCAGCAAAAUGAUGGCUCAGGUGCAGUUUUGACAUACUACAGUCUUAGAUACCAGAUUUUCACUAAUGAGAAAAAAGCAAUAUGAUAAUUGAACAAAAAAUAGACUGGUUACAGCAACAGGAUGUUGAAGCUUCUUUGGCAGGAUGUAUUUUCUUUACCCAUUCUAAUGAAAUUCUCGGUUUCUGUAUGUGUACAAAACAGUCUUUUGAAUU